AUGGAAACGGAGACGUGCGUAUGCUGUCAGUGUACAAACUAUGCAAGGUCGACCACCUCGUAGUCAUAGGCCUGGGCGGAUUUCAGCGGUGUACGUGUUUGCAGGUCAUCAGGCGGGUGUCGCAGUGUAGGCAGAUCCUCGUAGCGCUUGUCACGAAGUUGGGUCGCGCUUCCGACUUCAAGGGAACAACCAUCCACCCACGUGAGUCGNAGGUCAUCAGGCGGGUGUCGCAGUGUAGGCAGAUCCUCGUAGCGCUUGUCACGAAGUUGGGUCGCGCUUCCGACUUCAAGGGAACAACCAUCCACCCACGGUGGCGUCCCAAUAGUGCAGAAACGUGGACUAGAUGAAGUAGAGCUAGGUUCGUUUGAUGGGGACGGCAGUGAGUCGUAUAGUGGGGGGCUUCACCGCUGACUGUCAGGGAUGAGACGAUUUCGGGGACCCUGUUGAUAAUGAAUCUGAGCCUGACCCUGUACUGUCUGUUCAUUCGGGGAGGAUGUAUGCCAACCUGAUGGAGGCCUGCUUGAGGUGUGUACGCAUGUAUACCGAAAGCACGUCCAGGGACUCUCGCCCACAUGAGGCGAACAUAUAUUGUUGAAUGGAAAUGGAAGAGAAAGCAUUUGCUGACAGACGCACAAGUGUUGAUGGUGCCAAGCCUCGGGCGGGACUUCAAGACCCGCCACUUCAUCCAAAAAAAAGUAAAGAGCAGAUUACGGUGAGGAAUUUGAACCGGGUAGGGGGGGCAAGAGGGUGAAGACAGAAAGCCCUCGGCAGAUCAAAAUGGGUCAUGUGUCUAUAUGAUCUAGAUGGCUUUAGUUGCAAGCAGCACGUUUGUUUUUGGAAUCAGGAGUGAGUGCCGAGGGCAUGGCGGCGCGUGUUUACAGCGUGGUUGUACUGUAGUGUUGCAAGUAUCAUGUUGUCCGUUGUAUCGCGUAGGCUAUUGUCGUGCAACAGACCCCUUUUGUUUUUUGAUGAUGAAAGCUUGUAGCUUUCUUGUGAUGGGCAAUAUUUGGUGUAUUUGACUUCGGGAGCUACACCAUACAACCUGGUUUCAAGUUGCUGGUAUUGUUUUCUCCGUGUAACUUUUCUUGUUUCGUUGUUUCCUGUGAGCUCCAGCGUAGGUAGGGCACAAUAUUUGACAGGACAGAAGCCAGGCACCGGCAAGGUACAAUCUAAAUUCGGAUACAUUUUAGUGCGUCCCAUUGCGAUGAAAAACACAACUACUCGUGAGGUUUAUUUUAACGAUGCACGUGGGGGGCGGGGCAGCAUGGUUCCUGAUUUUUUUUCGUUGAUUUACAUCAGCGAUGUAAGGAUACUUCACGCAGCGCUUCGCUGCUUGCUUGAAUCGAAUGAUCUUGUUGUUGCUUCGAGUGUUCUUGGUUCGAGGAUUCCUCCUUCGCACUCUGUCUGAGUGGAGACUAAGAAGACGGGAAAUGUCACGAUCAGACUACGUACAGGAAAAUGCGUGGAAAGAUAGAUAUCGAACAGCAGAUAUCUACAAGGUGGUAGAUUAUGCAUUCAUGCCGAGUGUACAGCAGUGUGGGGAUGAAACCGCGUGGAAAGAUACAGCAUUUUUCCUUUGUUUUGACAUCUGUUAUGGCGCUUCCUCUCCGGCUUUACUCCCAGCAGUUCCACGUCAUCAUGCCCUUGGCUACCAUACUCCACCGCCACCACAACACACCUGCUAGUCUUCGGUGAGGAAGGCAAAGCUGUGCUGUGCUGUGCUGUAAGGCAGGACACGUGUGGGUAGGGACCAAGCAGCUCCCAAAGAUACAGGAGAUACAGCAUGAUUUUCUUGUUCUCAGACAAACGAUUGGCGCUUCCUCUUCGGCUUUGGUAGUAGAGACAGUCUUCCCUAUAGAGCUGGCCCUCCCUUUCCGCGUCUGUCGGCCUCAGUACGUGCUUGUGGCUGUUACUACUGUGGUGCCG